AUGAGGAAGCAUAAAAAACAAAACUUAGAGACUAUUAAACGUCUAAGGGAUUUAUCAAAAAAUAUGAGUUCUGAUGAAUUAAGAUAAUUCAUUCACAACGAAACAAAUAAUAAAACAAGAGUCCAAGACGUAGUUGAUGCUUUUAACACACCAAGGGCAACUGUUUACAGAAUUAAAAAAGAUCCAACUUUGAAAGAAAAAGGAAGAAAAUAACUAAACAGCAAUUAAAAUAGAUUGUUUAUACUUUAUAAGUUCUUGAAGCUAUAUGAUUUUUCAGAACGCAAGAUAAAAUUUGUGGUACUUUUAAAUGAGCUUAUUGAAAGAAAAAAGGUUUAAAAUACUACAAAAUAAUAUGAUGAGUAUCACAAAACCUUUAUAUUAUAUAUAAAAUUAAAAGAGUAUUUAUAAAACGAAAUAAAAUAAUAAUCAAUUGAUUUCUAACUUAAUAAAAACUUUUUCAGACAAUUUUUAAAAAUACUGAUUGAAUAAGAAAUUGAUUUUAUUAUUGAUAACAAAACAUCUAAAAUAAUAUUUAAAAAUCAAGAAUAUGUAUAGGAAAUCUCUCAAAAAUUUAUUCUAAAUUUUUAUUCGUUGUCUGAAAACUAAGACUCAAGUCAUUAAAUGGAUAAAGAUAAAUGUACUGAAUAGAUAAAAAUAUACAGAGAGUAGUAGCACUUGUUGAUGAAUUCAUCAAAUUAAUUAUCAAAUAAUUUUUCACCUUAUUAAUGCUAAUUUUAGUGGAUUAAUCAAAAUGAAAGUGUAGACAAUAUGUAACAAAACUAGCAAUAGUAAUAUGGGCAUGAAUCUAAUUUAUAUUUUGAAAAUAGCCUAUAAGAUAACUAUUAUAAUGAAAUUGAGUAAAAUCACGAAAAUUAAAUCAUAGAUUUUGAGUAGUCUAAGACAAAUAUCUAUGAAUUAAGCUAAUAAUAUUUAAAUGGUGAAUCAAAUUUUAAUUUUCAUGAUAUUAAUCUAUAUUCUUACUAUAAUUGA